AUGGCAGAAUCGGACAGAGCGGAAAGCGAAAGUCUCGAUGAUGAAGAUGUCAGCGAGCAAAACUCUGUGGACGAGCAGGUGGAGAAGGAGCUGCAAAAACCCACUGAGAGCAAAGAAGGAGAGGAGGAAAGACCUGGACCGUCCAGCCAUGUGUACACAGCCACCUCACUGUUCCUCAAACCUGAAACGGAGAACCGCUUAAUAACUUAUCCAUUGACUCUGAAUUGGGCCUUCGGGAUCAACAAGUCUCUCCCUGUCUUCAGCCUCUCGGAUCAAGACGGACUUGCCAUCCUGUACGCUUGUUCUCAUGUAGCUGUCAUAUAUGACCACACGUCUAAUUCACAACAUCUGUUACAAGGUCACUGCAAACCCAUUUCUUGCCUGUGUGUCAGUGAGGACAGACGCUGGAUUGUGACUGCUGAAAAGGGCCACGAAAGUCUUAUGAUCAUAUGGGACUCAUACACAGGGAUCCCUGUUCGCACCAUCUUUGAUUGCCACCCUGAGGGUGGUGUAGCCACUGUGGCAUUGUCCAAGGAUUCAAAAUAUCUGGUGACUGUUGGAGGUGGAACAGUGCAGAAAGUUUGUAUCUGGGACUGGACUAAUGAGACUGAAGGUCCAGAAUGUCAGGUUGACAUCAGCCCAAAGCUUGGUUGCCAGAAACAUAUCUCAUUCAACCCUACUGACAGCUUUCAGCUACUCAGUAACAGUGCAAGUCAUGUUCUCUUUUACACCUGGGAUAAAGGAACUAUGCGAUAUGAAGUCCCUGAAAUCUUCAAGACAUUCAAAACACCAGUGGGUCACUUUAGUCAGUCUGUCUUCCAUGUUGGAGGCAUGCAGGCUUUCUCAUGUACACUGGCAGGGAAUAUCGUGGUGUUCGAUGUGCUGAGGUCAGGCACAGGACAACUGCAGGCAAUAAAAGCCACCAAAUUAAUUCCACUGCAGAAGGAUGGGAUUACUGUCAUGACAUGCUGUGACAGCUUUAUUGUGACAGGUGAUGUAAGAGGCCACAUCAAAUUCUGUGAUGAAAACUUCAAGAUCAUCAGAUGCUUUAAUGACUUCAAUUUGGAUCCCAUCACAUCCAUUUCCCUGUCGAAGGAAAUUCCUACCUCAAGCAGUGUUUCAAAUACAGAAGACUGCACCUUGAACACUGCACCAUUUGUCAGUAGAAAUAUUGUCUUUUCUACUGUGAGCGCAGCUGUGAUGCAUGUGAAUACACAAAGCAGAACUGUUCAGACUUUAAUGAAAGAGCAUCCUGAGCCACUGCAUGCAGUAGCCUGUCACCCUGAACAUCCUGUUGUCGCUAUGGGCAGCCAUAGUGGCAUCCUGAAUAUUUGGGACUAUGAGCACAAAGUGACUGUCUACAGCAAAAUAUUCCAUAAAUAUGAGCAGAUCCACUGCAUUACAUAUGAUCCUCAAGGCUUUCACUUGGCCGUAGGCUUUGUCAGCGGAGUUGUGAAAAUUCUGGAUCUAUGUACUUUAAAAGAAGAAGGAGAGAGGAGUUUUAAGUACAGUCAUGACUGCAUUACCCAUCUCGCUUUCUCCCACAACUCCUCCUACCUGGCUGCAGCGGACACUGGGAACGCUGUAAUGGUGUUUCAUGUUUGCCAGGAAGACUCUCAGUAUGUGUGGCAGUACCUCGGGAAGCAUCGCUCUCACUACAAGCCCAUUCAGGAUCUGCUGUUUGGGGUGUACCUGGACAGUACUAAGCCACGUCUGCUCUCCUUGGGCAUGGAUCGCAGACUAGUUGAGUAUGACCUGCAGAACAGCAAAAAGGAUGAGUUGUUGAUCCUCAGUUCAGAGCGCAUCGAGCAAAGUGCCAUACCCACGUGCAUGGCCUGGUAUCCACCAUUAACCAAAGAGCACUUCUUACUUAUUGCAUCUGACCUGUACAAACUGAAACUACUCAAUGUUACCACGAAGAUGUGCAGAAAAAUAGUCCUUGGGCCCACAUAUGGUUCUCCUCUAAAAAAGAUGCUGAUGCUGCCACCAUCUAAAGAUGGGAAUCCUAAUUCAUAUUACAUGGCUUAUAUAAUACAGGACAAGGUUGGGGUACAGAUACUUCCUCUUGAUGGUAACCCACACAAGUCCUCAGCACUGAUAUGCCAUCCUUCAGGGGUCUCGCAGCUGGCUUGCUCUCAUGAUGGCAGAUAUAUUUUCACUGCUGGUGGUGAGGACAGGACUGUCUUUUCAUGGGAGAUCAACUGUCUUGCGUUAGAGGCAACCGCUGGUUUGGGAGGAAAAGACCUGAUUCCGUUUUACACUCUUUUAGAAGGAGGAAGAGAUGGAGAGCUUUUUAAGGCCAUCAAGGAUUUAUUUUAUUACUGUCAGUUACGCAGUCAGGGCAUCGACUCGAUGGAAACCAGACAAGUGUCCACUCGUAUCCCCCUUUCUGAAGUUCCCUUUCUCAUCAGAGCGCUUGGCUUCUACCCAACAGAGCAAGAGUUGGAAGACAUACAGAAUGAGGUCAAAUUCAGUCGUUAUGCAGAGACAGGAAAGUAUGUGUCUGACAUUGACCUGGAGGAGUUUAUUAAGUUGUAUGUUAACCACCGGCCGGCCUUGGGACUCUCCAAGCAAGAUCUCUACAAGGCUUUCCAGUUGCUGGGCAUGCCAAAUGAAAAUGGCAAACCGGUUAUCACCCGAGAAGAGCUCCUAGAGUUACUCCAGGCCAGAGGUGAGCACAUGACGGAGGAGGAGUUGGUAGAAUGUUUUGUGACGUUGAUGGGCUUCAGCAUGGAAGCUGGGCAUUCUGAAACACAGGAAUCUGAGUGUAAAGACUCUGAGCCACUGUUGGAAAGCGAGUUACCCCCAAACAUCACCAUGGACACGUUUGCCACAGACAUCCUGCGAUUUCCCAUGAGUACUCAUGAGCUCCCUGCGGAACAGCAGCCCUCAUCCUCAAAAGCUUCUGAAGUCUCUUUUGAGACAGUGUGAUCAUGUUCAUUUUAGGGGUUACUUUAUACUGUAUGGAAUACUGCAGUAGUUAGAGGA